AUGGCGGCGUUUCGGUCAAGUUUUUCCUCCUUCCUGUCAUGUUGGGCUAUAUGGUUGCCCGCCAAGCAGGUCUUGACGACCCGCUGAGGUUACGCCGGGCUGAGUCUACCAGGAGGGUUUUGAGCUUGGAGUUAAACAAGGAUAAAGAUGUUGAAAGAAUCCAUGGGAGUGGUGUUAGUACUCUGGAUAUUGAACCCGUUGAAGGACGAUACAUGUUAUCAGGUGGUUCAGAUGGCGUUAUUGUUUUGUAUGACCUAGAAAACUGUAGUGGAAAACCAUGUUAUACAUGUAAGGCGGUUUGUUCCGUAGGCAGAAGCCAUCCUAACGUCCAUAAAUUCAGUGUGGAGACAGUUCAGUGGUAUCCUCACGACACUGGCAUGUUUACAUCGAGUUCAUUUGAUAAAACAUUGAAAAUAUGGGAUACAAACACAUUACAACCUGCGGAUGAGUUUAAUUUUGAAGGAACAGUAUACAGUCAUCACAUGUCUCCUAUUGCUACCAAGCAUUGCUUAAUUGCAGUGGGUACCAGAAGCCCCAAAGUACAGCUUUGUGACUUGAAGUCCGGAUCUUGUUCUCACAUUCUUCAGGGACACAGACAAGAAGUACUGGCGGUAUCUUGGUCACCACGUUAUGAGUACAUCUUGGCAACUGCAAGUGCUGAUAGUAGAGUGAAAUUGUGGGAUGUGAGGAGAGCAUCUGCUUGUCUAAUUACCCUUGAUCAACAUAACGGGGAGCAGUCAAAAGCAUCUUCUGAAGCAGCAAAUACGGCCCAUAAUGGACGAGUUAAUGGCUUGUGCUUCACGAGCGACGGGCUUCACCUUCUCACCGUUGGCACCGAUGACCGCAUGAGACUUUGGAACAGUUCCAGUGGGGAGAAUACACUGGUGAACUACGGGAAGGUGUGUAAUGAAAGUAGAAAGGGACUCAAAUUCACCGUCUCUCAUGGCUGCAGUCCAGAAUUUGUGUUUGUGCCAUACAGCAGCACUGUUGCCAUUUAUACCAUUUACUCUGGAGACCUAAUAACUAUGCUUAGGGGUCAUUACAGUUCUGUCGACUGCUGUGUUUUUCAGCCUCAUUUUCAGGAACUUUACAGUAGCGGCAGAGACAGCAAUAUCCUUGCCUGGGUGCCAUCUCCGAGAGAACCGGAGCCCGAUGAUGCCUCUGAAAAGUGUGUAAAUCCAGCUUAUGAAGACGCCUGGAGCAGCAGCAGUGAUGAGGAAGGAUGAAUUCCUGGUGAACUGUUGAC